GGCCUCGACAAAAACUGCAUAUACCCAUAUCAGUCUGCGCUGCGUAGCUCCGUCCUGAGCGUAGAUAAAAUGGUCGAUAUUCGAGACGACAUAACCAGCUCUUUCGAACUGGAAGAUUACGUGCAUUGGGACUCUGACAACGGCACAGACAGCGAUCCGGAUAUAUACGUAGAGAAACGGCGGAAAGUCGGCAGCCUGACGAGUCUAACACUAAAAACUAUAUUUUCGGACAAAUUUUUGGGUAAGGUCCCCAAAAAGAAGCGGAAAAUCAAAAUGGAGAACGCGUUCGACUCCAUGUUGAAUGCUAGUGAAGUUGAUAACGAUUUUAGAUUAGAUAUCGAUAGCAUUAUUCAGAAUUUGGGAGAAGACGACAAGAGCGAGAGGGACAGCGUUAGUAUUAAGAUACUUAACGUGUUUAGCCAGAAAGAGAUGGACUACGAUAGCGAUAGGACUAGUUUUAACGAUGAAUUCGAUACAGUACAAAGUAAAGACACUAACCAAACAACUAAUUUUAGUAACUUAAUUAAGAGUAACUUAAGUACAGAUAUUAAUGAUGAAACUUCAACAAAUAGCAUAGAUAGUAGUAUAGGAGAAACGUCUAUAUUGCAAAAUGUAAAAGAAAUGCUUGAUCGUAAUGAAUUGAAAACUUUAUUAGAUACAGAUGUAAAAGAAUCAAAUUUAGAAGAUAAUAAGAAUGAUAAUGUAUCUGAUUCUGAUUUAAAUGGUGUAACAAAUGAAAGAAAUGAUAAAAAACUAGAAAAUGAACCUACCAAUACAGUUUUAAGUGUAGAAAAUGAAAAAUCUGGAAAUUUAAAUGAACCAAAAAAUGAAUUUGAGAAGAUGAACUCAGAUAACUCUAAUCAUAGAAAUCAUGAUUCUGAAGAUGCUGUUUUAAGGUUGAACAGUGAUGAAAAAUGUGCAGAAAUUAAUUAUUCAUCUAAAAAUAAUCACACACUGAUUGAUGAACAAGAACAGAAAGAAAAUGAUAUCAGCAAUGGUGAUACAGCAAAGGCAAGUAUAGAUAAAGAUGAUGUUAAAGUAUCUGAUAGUAAUAGUGAUAAAGACGCUCUUAAAGAGAAAGAAGAAAAUGCGAUAAGUAUGAGUAAAGGCGUUAGUGAAGAGACUAAGAAUGAUCCAUCAAAAAAUAAUACUGAAAAUGGCAUAGGAUCGAAUGGAAUCAUUGAAAUUGCUAAUAGCACAGAAGCUUUAAGUGUUGAAAGUGCUAAAAGUUGUAGUAAAAACACGAAUCUAGAUGAAAAUAGUGAAAAAAGUGAACAUAGUAUAAGUGAAAAAUCGAAUUUAGAAGCUAAUAACGUUAAAAUUGAUAACGUAGGUAACAAGGAAUGUAGUGAAGUGAUGAACAGUGUAGGAAAUAUCGAUAAUACUUCCAAAUACGUAGAAAACGUGAGUGCUAACGACGAUAUCGAAAAAAGUGAUCGCGAUCUAUUAAAUAAUACAAAAAAUAACAGUGAUAACUCAAAUCGUAACGAGACUACGACACCAGAAAUCAAUGAAAUACACGAAUUAGAAUAUACGAAUAGUGACGUACAUUUUGAUAGAAAUGUCAGCGUUAAUACAGUAACUACAGAUGAUACAAGCGUAAAUGCUAAACAAAAAGAUUAUAUCGACAUAGGCAAGAAUGCAGAAAACACACAAGAGAUCAAUAGAGACGCGAUCAAACAAAGCGAUUCCGAUAAAAAUGGCGGCAUUGACAGUGACAAUUUCAAUAUGGACGACCUCGAAGACGUCAGCGAUACGGACAUAGAUGACAGCGAGCUGAUGAGCGAUAUCAACGAACAAUUGAAUGAGAGGAACGAUAAGAACGAUAAGAUCACACUCGACGAUCUGCUGGCAAAGGGACAAACGGACUUGGAUAGCAUAUCGGACGGGGAAUUUGCGUUGGACGAGUAAUUUGUAAAGAAAUACUACAAAUGGUGUAUGGGGCAGAUGUUUUGCAUGUAUUUAUUUGACAAUUUCAUGUGCCAGUCCGAACUAAGUGUUACAAAUAUACAUAUAAAAUAAAUAAUACAGUACUUAUGUAUAAGGGAGUCUUAUCGCUUAUCAGCAAACGCUUCCAGGCCGCCCAAAGAUCAUUUUGAAGAAA